UGUUUUUAUUUUGAGAAUAUUUGGGUACAAAUUUAAGCAAUAUUAUUUUAUACAAAUGUUGAAAAGAUUUAGUGUUUAGAGUAUUUAUUUAUAUGUGUUGCGUGUGUUGGUAAUGUAAUUAUUUUAGUGUGAAUUAAUUAUUAAAUGUAUGAUGCUGUGAAUUAAACAUAGUUGCUUUUAAGGGGGUUGUUUUUUAAGGAUAGUUUUAUUACAAAUUUACAAAAGAAAAUUUAUUUACCUACGUUACAAUUACUAUAUUUUUUCUACUUAUUAUUUUUCUACUUCUAAAGUACUUGUUUUAAUAAUGUCUAUUGUGAAAUGUUGUUUCGAAGCGGGAGAAGGACAUGAUUUUUUGGAUUCAUUUGUUCAGAAAUGCACGGAUCCAGGAUGUUGCUGCGGAUGUUGUUCCGCUCUAAGGCCGCGUUACAAGCGGCUAGUGGACAACAUCUUCCCUGCCUCUCCACAAGAUGGACUUGUCAAGUCCAACAUGGAGAAGCUCACGUUCUACUCCCUCUCCAGUCCGGAGAAGCUGGAUAGGAUUGGGGAAUAUCUGUUCCAGAAGGCCUCCAGAGAUAUAUAUAGGAGGAGACAUGGUUUCGUGAUAAUCGCUAUGGAAGCGAUGGACCAAUUGCUGUUGGCGUGCCAUUCGCAGACCCUCAACUUAUUCGUAGAGAGUUUCCUCAAGAUGGUGCAGAAGCUUCUAGAAUCUACUGAUCCUCAGCUACAGAUACUGGCAACACAGAGCUUCGUUCGCUUUGCUAACAUAGAAGAGGAUACGCCGUCUUACCACCGACGAUACGACUUCUUCGUGUCAAAAUUCUCAGCGAUGUGUCAUAGCAACCACGGUGACAAACCAACACGAGAUAAGAUACGACUAGCCGGGAUUCAAGGCUUGCAGGGGGUGAUAAGAAAAACUGUAUCAGAUGAUCUUGUAGAAAAUAUCUGGGAAGCACAACAUAUGGAUAAAAUCGUACCAUCUCUGUUGUACAACAUGCAGGUAGCAGAGAAAUACGAGACAGUAUCUUGUAUGGAGACGGAUGGUCGUGAUGGUGUAGAGGAUGACCCGACACGGCUGGCGGAGGCCUGCCUGCGCGAGCUGGUCGGCCGCGCAUCAUUCGGUCACAUACGUAGUGUGCUGCGACCUGUGCUCACACAUUUCGAUCGACAUGAACUGUGGGUGCCGAACGACUUCGCUGUGCACACAUUCAAGAUUAUUAUGUUCUCCAUUCAGGCGCAGUAUUCAUACAGCGUGGUGGAGGCGCUGAUGCAGCACCUGGACGCAGGGUCAGGGGGCGGAGCAGCGCGCACGCGGGUGCGGGCAGCGCGCGCGUCCGUACUCAGCAAUAUUGUGGCCAUUGCUGCUGCUGAUAGUGUUGGUCCAUCAGUGCUGGAAAUCAUCAAUAAUCUUCUUACUAACUUAAGAGCGUCCGUGGCUAGAGAUUCUGAGAAAGAGAGUGAGGAGAAGCUAUACCAGGAGGCGCUGAUCAACGCUUUGGGAGAGUUUGCAGACCACCUGCCUGAUUAUCAGAAGAUAGACAUCAUGAUGUUCAUUGUGAGCAAGAUACCAAGCGGACAACGCGCAGGGAAACCAGCCAAACCUGAUGUGAUGCUGCAGAGCAUAUUGCUUAAGUCAUUGCUCAAGGUAGGAACAACAUACAAGACAACAGAAUUAAGCAAGGCUUUCCCCGCGGCGUUCCUCGAGGCGUUGCUGCGACUGUCGAGUGCAGGAGAGUCCUGCACCCGCGCCUUGCUGCAGCGCAUCCUGCACACCUUGCUAGACAGGCGUGGAAACGCUGCUUUAUUGGCUCUACCCACUGUGGAUUAUGCAGAACUAGGUCUAACAGUGGAGAAAUGUUCCAGACCUGAUUUGAUCUUCAUCAGCAAGCAUGGAUAUGCUAUAUUUAGCUCAUUAUAUGAUGGUCUUCAACUGGAAUCAAACACAGUAGAGAACGUGGAAGCUAUAUAUACAACACUGGCUUUGCUCUGCAUUGAGCUCGCUUCUGAGGAGACAGUACCUGAUAUGCUGCAGCUCAUACUCGCUAUCCAGCAAUCAGCUCUAAAUAAUCCGGUGUUAUCAACCGCACAGCAAUGUCGUCUGCACGCGGUGGCAUUGUCACUAUGCGCGUUACCAGCUCACGUCUUAGUUCUGCCAGCACUUAAAGACUACGUAUCCAAGAUUAUAGAGGCUCGCCGCGAGGAGGCGCCACAUCUUCUGCCCCCACUUCUAGAAGAUUACGACAACUUGUCACCUUCAAGGAUGCCGUCAAAGAUGCCAUAUCUGAUGAUUGACCAGAUGGCGCUGUGUGAGUGCGUGAAGGCGAGCGGUAUCGAAGGCAGCCGGCUGCAGUCACCGCUGCCGUACAGUGCGGGUGGCGCGCCCGGCCUCGCGCACAGACACAGCUGGGUCGAGGCAGGUGCAGCACAAGGUCGAGACAGCCUGGCGGACAUCGCGGCCGGACCUGCCGAGCUCGACAGUGCCAACAGCUCGCCCGGUGUCACACGACAAGUCCAGUGUGACGCGCUUGAUGAAGAAUACAGAACAUUCGUGGAGAAAUACAACCGAAAUCCGCGCACUGUCAUGCUCAAGUUCGGCGUAUAUCGCACAGACAACGAAUUUUGGAACUGGGGUCAAGAUGUCGAUCCUAACUUAUAUCCACAUCUGAAUAAGGAUUUAUCACAAUUGCAUACGACGCAGUCAGACAGCGUGAGUCUUGAGGCACUACGUCGCGCCGCGAACGGGCCCAGCGAGGCUGAGAAGAGGGAGGCUGAGCGGAAGAAGGCCUCUCUUAACAACACGUUUAGGACUGCGCCUUUCGAUUAUCUGCUGCAUCUCACACAGCCCAAGUACGAGAUCCAGGACAAGCUGCAGGAGAUAUUCUCGUCGCUGUCCCAGGAGCCGCUGCUGGCGGGCGGCUCGCCCAGCGCAAAAUUGCGCCGCGACCACGACCACGUGCUACCAGAUCUAUUCCUUUGCUGAACUGUAUGCUCACUGCAAGAUGUAAGAAGACGUUACUUAUAGCAUUCGCACAUAACAGCUAUUAAUAUGUUAUGAUAUAAUCAUGUUAACCACGCUUCCAUGACUAACGCUAUUAUUUAAAUCUCACGAUGAGUUUCCACUGUCCAAACAUGUUGUCAAACAUAUUUUAAUACAAAUAAAGGCAGUGGGAUUUUACUUGUCUCGAUAUAAAUGUAGGGACACGCUGUAUAGUGUCAAAAACUUUAAAAAUUUGAUAGCAUUGACAUUUGUUUUAUUGCUGUCUCUGAUUUGUUAGAGGGGAUGAAAGGGAUGGCAAUAUAUAAGUGUUAUUGUAGUGUAUGUAACAUUAUCGAUAAAGAUUUUUGGGUAUAUCGAUAUCUUGGGUACAACACUAGUAUAAAAUUUGUUGACUCAAUUAUAUUUGUUCUUUUAGCAAUAAUUAAAAAUGUAGUUUAAAGUGUAUUUUGAAUUUGUAUGGAAUGUAAUUAUUUAUGUUUCUAUCUCUUUCAUACUUUUUGAAUAAAUAGAGACAGUGUGAGUCAAGUAGUAAGCAUGUAUGAAAUUGUGAAGUCAAUUACAAAAUGUAUGGUAGGGCCGGUGUUAGGUUAGGGCUGGAACGCCCAGGGCUGGAUAGAAAGGGGCGUUCAAAACCCCUGAAACUCCCAAAUCUCGCCCAGGGCGUUAGUAGAGUCUAAAACAGUUCUUGGGAGAUGUUUUAUUAAAGAUUAUUUAUAUUAUAGACUUUCCAAUUUCAUAGUAUUGUCAAAUGAAGUUUAUUAAUUAAUUUUUAAAUAUUAAUAUGAUUAAAAAAUGACAUUUUAUUAAUGUAGAAUUUCACUGCAGUGUCAUUUCUAGUAGUCACUUUUGUCAGAAAAUUUAAGAGAGUUCAUUAUGUGUUCAAAUUCAAUGGAAAUUAUGUUUUAUGGAAAUGUUUACAAAUGGCUGAUAUUUAUUGUCUAUGGAUUUACUUCGGAAAGUUU